CAAAAAUGCCAAUAAUACCCAACACAGACAUUCUAAACCGUGGCAAAUUAAAAAACCUGCCUAACUACAAAAUAUUUCGUCUCAGACAUCCCCGUCUCGUCGCCCAUAAAACAUUACAUAACUGGUCGUUCAAGCUUAUCAACAAGAAUAGCACAUAUAAAGUAAUAGUGAUGGGAUAUAUCAACGAUAAUACGCUGAUACAGACUUCUUUUAUAGAAAAUGCCAAUUUUAACGUAGUGGUAACAGAAAAUUGCACCGUUUAUAAGGUGGAACGGUUUACGGGAGAGUUACCCCAUCCAUUGUUUGACGAGAGUUUGCUUGUGCUUUUUAAGGACGGUUUUCCGGCUAAUUGGAAAGAAAUUAUAGAGAGGGAGUGUGCUAAGAUAAAGAAACAGGAAGGUGUUGCCGAGAAUGAAUGUAAUUUUGAUGAUUUACUGAUGAAAAACAUGAGUAGAGAGAAGAAUGAGGAGGAGGAGUUGGAACGUGCUAAAGAGAAGAUCUUUCUCAAUUAUUUGAGUAAAUUACAGAAAGAUGAUAAUGAGAUAAAAAAGGACAAGAAAGGUGUCGAGAAAAAAGACAAAAGGAACGAUCGGAAUGGCAGGCAAAUUGUGGAGGAAAGAGAAAGUGCUGUAUCUGGAAAAGAAGGACAUGAACACGACGUGAAACAAAGUAAAGAUAUGAGAAAGAGCCAUUCCGAUUGUAAAUUGAGAAACGAUCCUUUAAAAGUUGUGACAGCUUCCGGGAAAGAAAAUGAGAAAUUGAAAAACGAGAAAAAUAUGAUGAGCAGAACUCUGUCAAACGAGAAUGUUAUUAACAACGAAGCAUAUGAUACAGAUAAGAGCAGCAUAUCACCUCAUAAUAUCAAGAAGAGCAUAAGGUUAAGUAUUGCGGUGAAGAAAGGUACGGCUACAAUGUCAAAGCUAUCUAAAGCCAUUGAAAGUACUGAAGUACGUAAAGAUGAAGUUAAAAUAGAAACCGUUGACGAGUGCAGCGCGAAUGGCACAGCACCAGAAACAAUGAAGGACACGAGUGAUAGCUUCGCUCUGAUUUCACAGGGCAAGUCAAAAUAUAGCGGUGAGAAAGCAAAAAGAAACUUGAAGGAUCGGAUGAAAGAAGAAAAUGAGGUGGAGAAGGCGAAGAAAAGAGAACCUAAAAGGUCACAAAGCAAAUUAAAGGGUAAAACGGUAAUAAACGAUUAUUGUUCUGCUGAAAAGAUUCCCUUAAAGCAAAUGGAGUCGAUUGAUUUCAAAGCGCAAGGUGGUAAUCUUAACAAUUCGUGCGAAAAAGAGGAAGAAUCGGCGACAAUAAUUGAUACAAAAAUGAAGGACAUGAGUAGGAAGGUCAGUGUUCCAAUGUGGAAUAAAUAUUCAAGGGAUGUGACUAAGAAACGAAAUGAUGACAGCAUAGUAGAAGACAUCGCUGACAAUACCGAUGAAAUAAUAAAGGGAGAUAAAAAUAAAGAGAAUGAACCAACAGUCAGCGCUAGUUCAGCACCGAAAAAAAGACCUGCUGCAAGAAGAAAAAGGAACCGUUUAACCAUGCCAAAGGGAUUUAGAUAGAACAGAAAGUGAACCAUAAACACUUUUACGGCUAUUGGAAUGUAAAUUGGAAAUAAAACACGCUAAAAAACAGCAGGGUGUCUGUUUUAUGUGGCGGAUGAUGUACUGAUUGUUUGCUUUCAAUAAAAAUUCGUAACAUUUUUUGCUGGUCUGUGCAAGGAUAUUGCUCAUUUUCAAAGCAUUUAAUGAAUAGGAAUGUGGCUCACGGUACGUAUACUGUUUGACGUAUCGAAUAAUUUGAUCAAA